AAAAUGUUGUACCCAGAAAGAAACUUUAUUUACAAAAUUUUUAUUUUCAUAUGGAAGUGGUUCACAGAUAAUAUCAUUGAGAGCCAGUCUGUAUGCAGGUGGCAAUGGCAACUGGCUCUACAAUGUAAUAACAUUUCCCUUUGAUUUUAACAAUUUAGAAGACAUUAAAUUCACAAAGAAGUGUUUCUUUUUUUUCAUAACAUAUCAUUAAUUUUUAUUCUAGGAGAUAUUACGAGACAUGGGGAUCACCAUAAUGGGGGACAUCAUUGCCAUUUUAAGGCAUGGCAAAGAAGUUCAUGCUCAGAGUGAACGAGAGAAGUCAGCAAAGGAGAUGGUGGCUGUUACUGACGCUUCAUCUGUGUCAUCCUCUCCUGGCAAUCAAACUCCCACUGGGUCAAAACGCAAAUCAACAGCUGCCAGUCGCAUGGUGGAUCACUGGAUUAGCAAUCAGAGAGUACAGAGUGGAACGAGCAGUCCUGUACAAGAUGCUGAAUCAAUAUCACCAUCCCCGGCCAAGAAAAAUCUCAAAAUUCAAACAACCGUGUCCAAAGACAAGCCUCGGACAAUCGGCAGUCACAAAACAUUAUCUCAAAGGUUUGGUGGUAAAGAUGCAAAAGUGACCAUCUCUAGCACACCAAAGUUAGCUGUGACGUCGCCAAAAUCGCCAGACGAGCAGACAUUGAAGGUAAAAAUGCCUCAAGGAUCUACUGAACGAAGCAAGAAGCUGAUUGCCAAGCAAAAACAGGCCGCUGCUACAGCUGCAGUAAACAAAGCGAAAGUGAUUAAGAGGCAGUCGGUUUUUGAUCGCCUGGGAAAUGAAAGCCCUCCGUUGAAAGAGAGUCCCAAAGAACCAGAAAAGAAGACCGAGGUUAAAAUGUUGAAACCUCUGAAAACAAGUGUUACGGUACAGUUGAAGGAUAAAGCACAAGGAUCAGUCUUCAGUCGUCUUGGUGGCUUGGCAACGACCCCAGAACCAACAACAAUUCAAGCAGUGAACCCAAGAAUUCGAAUCCCUUCAGGCGACAAGGCUCCUGGCGCGAUUGACUACACAAGUCACAGUGUACUCCAACCGGUUAAACGAAAAGGAGAACCAGCUAAACCGGUCAAACCAGUAAAACCGGUCAAGAGAUCCAUAGGGCUUAUGUCAGAUGGAGACGAAAAGUCCGUUUUUGCGCGCCUGGGUUCGAAAGUGUAAACUUGUUUCAACUGGUGUUGUGAAACGGAAAUGCAAUAUCAUAAUAUUCCGUGUGGAGUAUGAUGCGGGCUUUUAUUGGCGCUUGUCGCUGCUACACGAGGUUAAGUUCUUAUCGAAGUGACUGUUCAUUUUAGCAGAGUUAUAGCGUCGUUAUUUUAACUGAUGGUUUGCGCUUUCUAUCAGGAAAUCCUCGUCGCUCUACACUAUAGCUCGAAUUCUCCCACGGGUGAGUUUGUUGAGUCGGAAAUGCCGAAUUCUAUUAACACUCCCGGGACAAAAAUAUUUUGUUGUUUCAAACGAAAUGACUCUUCGUUCUUACAUAGCGCGAACUUUUAAUGUUACCGAAUUCUAGUUACAAGAAAUAUAAUAAAACUAAGGAAAAAGCAAUUUGAGUUGACUUAUAAAUAUGGAGCACAAUGGCAGUUCCCGGCAGCCAUAUUGGUCUCCCCAAAAAACGAACCGGCAGUCGUUUUGGUGUACCAAACCAAUUCUGUGGGAGUUGAACUCUUUCCUUUUGUUCCAAUAAAUUUGCAUGGCUGCAUCGAAAUACUGGGGUCUGAUUGGCUGUCAGCAGGUUCUAUUUAGCAUCUUACUGGUCAGUUUACGCGUCAUGCUUUCUAUUAUUAGACAGUGCGCGUCAUUUUUGUGCGCUGCUUCAAGACAGUUGCGCUUUGAUGCGAAAUAAAGCUAGACAAGUAUAACAGUUGUUUGAAGUACGAGUAACCUGAUCCUGUACUGACUUCAAUAUCAAAUUUUAAAAACUGUAACUCGGGCUUUCUGCUUGUUUUCGGCAUCGAUUAAUCUCGAACUCCUUCCCAAAAGUGCUAUCGUACAAGAAGCAGUUUCAAUUCUAAAUUGUAGUAAAAUCAAACACCUUGCCCAGCUAUCAAUAACUAAGGAUUAAAUCACGUUGGAACCCCGUUCAUUCGGUCAUCAACGGGCCACAAAAUCUGGCCGUAUUGAACGGACCCUUUCAAUAAGGAAAUGACCGACUGAGCUUUUUUCGGGCCAGAAUGAAGUGGCCGUAUUAACGGGGUGGUCGUAAGGCGGGGUUUUACUGUACAGAUCUGUACACCUUUCUUGAAAUUACAACCAAUCAACCAUGCAGCUGACGCGAAGCGCGGGAAUACAUGCGAGAGUUACGACUGGUUUUGGUUUUACAGUUGGUCCCCGCUAAUUCCAACUAGCUUAUUUCGAAUUCCCGUUAUCACGUACUCACAAACCAUUUUCCUUGGAUUUGCCCUUCAGUCAAUUUCUAUCAGCCAUUUUGAACUCCCGUUAUUUUAGACUAUUUCUCGUUUUCCCUGACUCAGGGAACCCCGCUAUUUCGAACUCCGAGUGUCUGUAGUUCUUAUUGCGUGAUAAAGUGACGCAAGUUUUUAUCAAGUUAAUGGCGUAGUGAGGUAAUGCAAAACCAAAGUAAAUGCGAAUCACUUCAGCAACAAUAGAGUGAAAACCGCUCGAACUUGAAGUUACCUCAUUGAUUUAUUUGUUUCAUCUAUUUGAUAGCAAGGGGCUUUAUUAGAGGCGGGGGCUAUCUCAAAACUAGACUACAGUACAUCACAUGCGAUACAAACAAAGGUAAGAAAAACUAGCCAGAACAGUGGCAGUGAUAUGAGACCACAAUACAGUACUGUGAAUGAUUCAAUAUAAAGGCCUCACCCAUGAGUAAAAGUUGUUUUUCUUCAACAAUUAAGAACCUGAUUGAGAACCUACGUAGUCUAAUUUCACAGUAAACACCAUUUAACUAAGAACCUAUGGAGGCUAACUUGAAAAAAUUAUUGGGUUCUUAUACCCGGAUUUUUACUGUAGUAAUUGAACUAAGUGAAGAACAAGUGAG